AUGACAUCGCCUUCUAUCACAAAUGAUCGUCCAUCGGUGAAUCAAACACUACCGUUAUCAACAUUAAACGAAGAAAAUAAUAAUCAGCCUGUGUCGACAGAUGAAGUUGAAACCAACGAUCUUCUCUAUGAAAAACUUGUGCGAGAGUUUAAAAUUGAUCCGUAUGUUGCCGAUACACAAGAUUUAACAAUCAAUAAUCCACUUUCACAGGACGAUAAAAGCAUUUGGAAACAAUAUUUUCUUGACAAAGAAUUGAAAGCCACCAUUAAUCAAGACGUUCGUCGGACUUGUCCAGAGAUUAGUUUCUUUCAUAAUCCCCGAGUAUCCGAUACAUUAUUACAAAUAUUAUUUGCUCAUAGUAGAAGCCAUCAUAAUACACCAUACAGGCAAGGAAUGCAUGAAAUUUUAGCAGCAAUCGUGUAUAAUUUACAUCUGGAAGGAACAAAAGUGAAUGAAUGUAAAAAUGCAAAUGCUAUAUUCGAAAAAAUUAUGGAUCAUCUUAAACAAUGGUAUGACAUUAAAGACAACAAUGUAACAAAGAAAAGGAAUUCUGUUCAGAAUGAAGCAAAACAACCCUUUCAAAAAGCACAAGAUCUCAGUCCACAAUCGAAUGAAAUUGUUUUACGUGUAAAUCAAAUAUUUGAACAAUUAAAAAAUUAUGAUCGAUUUUUACAUUGUAAGCUACAAGAACUUGAUAUAGAUCCACAUAUCUAUGGAAUACGAUGGCUUCGAUUAUUAUUCGGACGUGAGAUUCCAUUCGAAUGUAUUCCUAUUGUAUGGACUGUAAUAUUCUGUUUCGAUGAACAUUUCAAAUUUGUUGAUUAUUUUUUUGUGGCAUUAUUAAUGGAAUUAGGAAAUUUAUUUUUAGUGUCGAAACGUGAUUAUAGCAGUUGUUUACAACUACUUAUGCAACAUAAUGUCAUAUCAAAUGCUGAACACGUUCUUCGACGGGCUUUAGCAAUAGCUGGUCGACAGCUGAAACCGGCAUCAGAAGAGCCUCAAUCAAAUACGAAACGUGCUGAAACUAGUCGAAUGAAUAUUGAACAAGAUCAAGCUUCAUCUCGAAAAGAGUAUAUUAAACAACAACAGCAAACAGUGCCAAAACAAAAAACAACGAAUCAAGUAGUAGAACCUAAACGAUUAUUAACACCUACAUCAACAACAACAACUGGUUUUUCACAAGAAAAUGCUCAUAACAGCCGUCCAUUAGCACGCAAUUCAUCAUCAAAUACAUCUUUUGCACAACAACUAUCAACAAAGAUAAAUACAAACUUGUCGAACAGUUCUUUAUCAUCAGAAUUAGAUACAUGGCCCGAGAGAAGUGUUCGUCAACAGUUAGAGGAUUCACGAACAAUUCAAAAAUAUUGUGCUUAUUUUAUGGACAAAUUUUUGGAUCAAUUACAAACUCGUAUUUGUGAGUUAACUUCACCAAACGAAGAUGAAUUACUAAUAUCACUGUCAGGAUUAAAACAGAUUUGUAAUGUUUUAUCUGGUAAAUUAACAUUUGAUUCAGAGGCAUUACAAACGUUAGUGAACUAUAAACCGAAAACAGUUAAACAAUCUGCACCGUCAUUAAAUAACUAUAGUAGCGAACAAAAUAGCAACUGA